AUGUCCAUAGAUGAGAAAACCAAAAAUAUUCUACAGCAGCUAACUGCGUUAAACCUUUAUCAGGAAUUGCCGAUGGAAGUAGAAGCUGACGAAGACGAUGCUCGACUUUCUCUCGAUGACUCUACUACACAGCGAAAUGAAGAAAGCAUUAUUGAUGACCGCGAUGAAGGGGCAGUUGUCGAUUGCUCGCGCGAAGUCCACUACAGUGUAUAUGGAGGUACAGACCCAACAGCGCGACAUCAACUACGUCAAGAACUUUUUGUAGGCUCUGGGUCAAACGCAGCAUUCAACGGCCAAUCAUCGGUGAUAACGAAUACGCUAAAAACUACACCGAAUCAUACUGGGGCACUUGGACAAGCAGCGUUGUCCAGAGAGGACAAGGUGGUGAAUGAUGACCUUCAGCAGCUAACCCUGCAUCCAGAGGAUAUGGAACUCCAAUACAUCGAGAGUCCAGAAACGGAUAGUGACCCAUCCGUUACGUACGUUUCCACAAGGAGUCCUAAAAAUAUCUCGUCUGACAACAAUUCAGCCAUCUUGAGCCGUAACGGCAUUACCUCACAUGUUACAUAUAACAGAAAAGUGACCCGCAGACCAACUGAACGUAUGUCAACAACUCGCCGACCCAUGAGACCCGGAAGUUCAAAGCAAACAUCAGCAUCGACGGCUAGAACCACCACUGCCACCGCCAUUAUGAUAACACCAGCCCCAUCAACGGCUGAUGACAGUUUGGAUGCCACUUUAGAGGAAGUCGACUUCGACAAGCAGAGCCAGGUCACCGAUGAACCAGAUUUAACGACGGAACCAUUAACCACUACGAGUAUCAACACGACUAUGCCGAUGGCGACGAUGACAGUGACAACAAUGACGCCACGACGAAGACCAGGCAAAACGUUAACGAAGAAGGCAUCGCAAGCACCGGCAGGCGAAAGUUCUUCUAUCAUAUAA